AUUUUCUUCUUCAAUUCCUCAACAACCAAGAAGCUAAGAACCAUGAUAAUCCCAAAAUACGAAGUAGCAGGUCCAUCAGAAUACUUAGCAAUAACAGGAUGGAAAAUAGACGAAAUAAAACUAUCAAAGAAAGCAUUGAUUUUACCAGGGCAACGUUACGUUCGAGUGAACGUAUCACCCGUAAAUUACACCUUCAAUGUCCAAGCCAUGAGCGCAGAGAAACUCCCUUUUGUGCUCCCUGCAGUGUUCACAAUCGGCCCUCGAGUCGAUGAGCCUGCAAGCCUUAUUCUGUAUGCUAAGCUCAUGGCACCCCAUGACAUGUCCUCUAACCAUGUACAUGAACUUGUACAAGGGAUCAUUGAAGGCGAAACUCGGGUUCUUGCGGCUACUAUGACUAUGGAGGAUAUUUUUAAGGGUACUAAGGAGUUUAAGAAAGAAGUGUUUGACAAAGUUCAGUUGGAGUUAAAUCAAUUUGGACUGUUUAUUUAUAAUGCUAAUAUUAAACAGCUUGUUGAUGUUCCUGGUCAUGAGUAUUUUUCUUAUUUGGGUCAGAAGACUCAGAUGGAGGCUGCUAAUCAAGCUAAGGUGGAUGUAGCAGAGGCACAGAUGAAGGGAGAGACAGGAGCUAUGCUAAGGCAAGGACAAACUCAACAAAACGCAGCGAAAAUCAAUGCAGAAACCAAGAUCAUAUCCACACAAAGGGAAGGAGAAGGCAAGAAGGAAGAGGUCAAAAUAAGGAGUGAGGUUAAGAUUUUUGAGAACCAAAAAGAGGCUGAUGUUGCAAAAGCCAAUGCUGAGCUGGCUGCACAAAAGGCCGGGUGGUCGAAGGCGGCUCAACUUGCAGAGGUCGAGGCUAAGCAGGCUGUUUCAAUCCGACAGGCCGAGCUGCAAGUUGAGGUGGAGAAGAAGAAUGCUCUCACCAGGACUGAACAACUCAGGGCUGACCUCCUCAGUAAGGCAACUGUUGAAUAUGACAUCAAGGUCCAACAAGCAAACCAAAACCUAUACAACAACCAAAGAGAAGCGGAUGCCAAUCUCUACAGGAAACAAAAGCAAGCUGAGGCAGAAAAGGCAUCAGCAGAUGCUGCCUUCUACACUCGUCAGCAGGCAGCUGAUGCAGAUCUCUACAGCAAGAAGAAAGAAGCUGAGGGAGUUGUAGCCCUUGCUAAUGCCCAAGGAUAUCACCUUAGUACCCUACUUAAGGCCCUAAAUGGAAACUAUGCUGCAUUGAGGGAUUACAUGAUGAUCAAUGCUGGAGUGUUCCAAGAGAUGGCAAGGAUCAAUGCUGACGCUGUCCAAGGUUUGCAGCCGAAGAUUAGCAUAUGGUCAUCCGGGUCUGGUGGGGCUACCUUGGAGGGUGGAAGUGGGUCUGGUGGAUCCAUGAAAAGUGUGGCCGAGGUCUAUAGCAUGCUGCCUCCACUUGUGAAGACGGUCCAUGAACAGACUGGGAUGCUGCCACCUGCUUGGCUUGGCACUUUGACUGAUACCAAUGGCAAUGAUUCAGUUACAGACCCUGUAGUAUCUAACUGAAGUUUUGAUAAAUUCAAACUUGAUUGAUAUAGUAACUGUUUUAUAUCCAGUUUUCACCACUAAAGUAGAUAUGGAAACUGUUUUAUUUCUAGUUUUUGCCACUAAGUAGAUUUUAUAACCAUGUUUGAUUGAAUAGGCGAACUUUCAGGUUUCUUGCAUUUUCAGAUUGCUUAUUGAAUACAUAAUAUGAUUUUAUUUAACACUUUUGCUAAUCAAUAUUGAUUUUAUUUAACCAUCAAUAUUUCUUUUUUUUUUUUUAUUAUUUUACAAAGACAGCAGCAGCUAACAGUAGUAUUAUAAAUCAGAAAAGGCCGCAUUGUCUGCACUAACAGCAGAAGCAGCAGCCGGAGGAGUUUCCUCCAUCCAAACCCUCACUUCUUCAAGAAGAGAGGAUUUGACUAAUUUUUGCACAACC